UCUGCCCUCACUUUUUUUUACCUCCAAAAUCUUGUACGGCGGCAGAGGAGCAAUGGCUAGUGGCGGAGAACCAGAACCUCCGAAAACCGAACCCCCAACAAAUUUGAACCCGAACCCACAUUUAAAUUUGGGUUCAAAUUCCAAGCCCAAGGUACUGGUAAUCAUGGGAGCAACCGGGUCUGGCAAAUCCAAACUUGCUAUCGACCUCGCCUCCCACUUCCCCAUCGAAAUCAUCAACGCCGACUCCAUGCAGGUUUACAAGGGAUUAGAUGUUCUUACCAAUAAGGUGCCAGUCCAAGAUCAAAAGGGAGUGCCGCAUCAUUUGUUGGGGACAAUCAGCCCGACUGCUGAAUUUACAGCUAAAUAUUUUCGGGAUGCUGCUAUUCCUAUAAUCAGUGAGAUAUGGUCCCGUAAGCGAUUGCCAGUCAUAGUUGGAGGAACUAAUUACUAUAUUCAGGCUCUUGUGAGUCCUUUCCUUUUAGAUGAAUCCAGGGAGGACAUGGAAGAAAACACUUCAUUUGGAAAUCCAGGUGAUAAAGAAGCAGAUGAAGCAGAGAAUUUUGCCUACACAUAUGAGAAACUUAGAGAACUUGACCCUGUAGCAUCAAAUAGAAUUCAUCCUAAUGAUCAGAGAAAGAUAACUCAAUACCUAAGUUUAUAUGCACGGUUUGGUGUUCUUCCAAGCAAACUUCUACAUGAAAAGGCCAUGGAGAACUGGGGUCGUGUUGAUAAUUGCAAAUAUGAUUGCUGUUUCAUUUGUGUAGAUGCAUCUCUACCUGUACUCGAUGACUAUGUUGGGAAAAGGGUUGACUGCAUGGUCAAUUCUGGUCUACUUGAUGAAGUUUUUGAUAUUUAUAAGUUGCAUGUGGAUUGUACACGAGGAUUACAGCAGGCAAUUGGGGUCCGUGAGUUUGCAGAUUUUCUGAGGUGUUAUGUUUCUGAAUGUGAAAGUCGUCAUGGCAAUGCCCAUUACCUGAUUUCAGCUGAUAAGUCAAUGAAAGCAGAUAUGCAGCAAAUCCUAGAUGGUACCAACAAGAACCAACAACUGCAAGACCUACUAACAGAAGCCAUAGAAAGAGUAAAAUUGAACACAAGAAGACUUGUUCGCCGCCAAAAGAGAAGGCUUGGACGACUGCAGAUGCUGUUUGGGUGGAGCAUACACUUUGUUGAUGCAACAGAAUCGAUAUCUUCAGGUGUUUCUGAUGAUUUAUGGGCAACUCAAGUUGUUGAACCCUCUGGCAGAAUAAUCAGAUCUUUUCUUCAUGACAAUGCUUGCUCAGACGAGCCCAGAAAUGGUUCUGAAGAAAUGAAUUUGAUUCCAAGGGACCUCUGGACCCAGUAUGCAUGUGAGGCGUGUGGAAAUAGGGUACUCCGAGGGGCACAUGAGUGGGAGCAGCAUAAACAGGGCAGAAGUCACCGAAAACGAGUAUCUCGGCUUAAAAAGUCUGGAAGGUCUGUCUCUGUAGGGUGACAAUCAGACAACGUUGUGCAGGUAAAUUACUCAAACAUGCUAUGGUGUUUCAUCUCCUUCUGAACGCAAAUCCAGUUGCUUGCUACGGAAAAGCGUCGAGAGUUCUACAGCUUAGAGCAGUUGAUGCCUACAAAAUCCCGCACUGCAUUAACCUGGUGGUUUGCUGGGUCGGGCAAUCCUUUUCUCUCUCAGACAAACAACGAAAUCGAAACAACCAAUGCUUCAAAAUGUAGCCGGCCUGCUGUAGUAUUACUUGCUGGUGGAGUCGAGACCUGUUUCUGUAGGGAACCAUUACCUAUUUCUUUAAGUUCAUAUCAUUGUCUACAAUACUAUGUGUUGGGUGCCCAAAUUAUUUAAUUUUGAAUAUUAUUUUACUUGCA